AUGCUGGCCUCUGCGGCUUGUUAUGCCCAACCUGCGAGCGGGCAGAGCAAGAAGAGACCGCGAAGUGUCAGCAACAAGUCUGACAAUCCACCAAGUGUCAGCAAGAGCUCUCAGCGUGGCACUUCUGGAACGAGAAGGAAGCCGAUGUGUCGGCGUCAGACGGCUGUUCCGCCCAAGGCGAAGGCUGUCCCGAAGUCCCAGUCUGCGACCAGGGAGCCACUUUCUCGGCGUCCGAUGGUUGUUCCGCCCAAGGCAAAGGCUGAGGCGAAGAGAAAAAAUCAGCGUCAGCGGCGAGACAGGCCAGCAGGGUCAGACGCUGAUCCCGAGGAGAUGGUCGAACUGGAUUGCUCCGCUCCUCCAACCACUACAUGCGGACACACGAGUUUUACAGCGUCAUGUCCGCAGUGCUGGUUUGGUCGUCACGGAACAGAUUGGCAACAGAGUCAUGGAAGCUUCCUUUCCAGACAAGGUGUCAAUGGCCGCAGUGUCAGAAUUGUUUGGUUGCAGCAGAAGCCAAGUGGCAUGCCUGGACCAUGGGCCCUGGGAUGUGCGGUGUGCAACGCCUGGAGCAAGAAGCUGGAGGGCAACCCUCGAUCAACUGCUUUACGACGCCUGAGUCAACGAGUGUCAACAAAGUGGGCGAGGUACGAAAUCAACAAGCUAAGCCAAAUGCAGGCGUCGGCAGUGCAGCUACACGCCAAGAGUCAGAUUCACAUUGCAGCUGUGAAAGCAUUCGAAUCUCCGGACUUGCCGUUGCAGGCACUCUUGCCGCGUAGCAAGUCUGAUGCUGAUUUGUUGAAGGGGGCUGUGCCCCAACCGCCAGAUUGGCUGGCUGCCUUCAGAGCAGCUCAAUCCCCAGUGUCAUUUCUGAAGGCCGAAAAGCAAUGUGAGACAGCUGCUUAUGCCGCCAUACGGUCAACUUACACCAAAAGGCGUCAGAUGAAGCAGAUGAUUUCCGUGAUGACCGAGGUCACACGUCAGAAGAAGCGCGCCGCCAUCCUGAAUGCUGCUCAUAUUAGCAUUGCCAUCGACGACCGUUCGCCUUAUCGAGUGGUGCGUUUUCGCACAGUAUGUCUUCCCGGCAAGGCCCGGGCUGACGAGUCGGAGUCACCGUCAGAGUCAGCUUCACCACUGGUACAUGAGGGCAUCCUUGCGGUUCUCAAUGGGUGCUUGCCGGUCGACAACAUGGAGCAGCUCGAUGAUGACUACUCAGAAAAGAUUGCAGAGUCAAUCAAAACCGCCAUCGAGCGGUUGGCGACCCCGUUAGGGUCAGAGUCAGACUCUGACCGCGACGUCAGAGUCAUCCAGUCCUUCUACGACAAAGUCACGUCAGUGUCAACUGACGGCGCAAAAUCGAUGAGAAAAUGUACUCUCAUCUGUGAGAGUCAAGUUUUCAAGAACUUGCGGUUCGCCCUGCCGGAUCGGGCGCAUCAGAUUCGCAGAGCGUCAAUACCGCUGACGCUGGAGAAGCGGUUCCGAAGCUUUUGGGACAACGUGUUCUCCAAGCGUCACGCUCUCGUUCCUGACCUGCAAAACUCAGCGCAGUGGCAGAUGAGGUUUCAGACUAUGGAGAACGAGCUCAAGAGUCAGAGUCAGAAUGAUGAACUGCCUGGAGGGCUGAAGAAGGCCUUGCGGACUUUGAGUUUCGCAAAACAGCGGUUCGACUCUUGCUCGCUGCCAGCGUCAAAGUUCGUCCUGCUGCUUCAGCCUUUCGCUCUUUUGUUGGCGCACCAAGCGUCAGACCAGCGCCUGGAUGCGCAGACCCGCUGGCGGUCCCAACAGAUGCUGCGGCUGAUGGACGCUGAACUGGUUCUGGUUGCAGGCUUGAGCGCUGACUUUUCUGGCGAAGUGUUAAAGUUUGUUCGGCAGCACGAUAUCCGGUCCCACGACAUAAGCCGAACAUUGCAGGAGAGGGACCAGUUUCUGCACAGACUGGACACACUGUUCAUCCAGGGUCAUAUUCUGGACGAAGACACAGAGUCAUUUGCCCACAUGGCAUGUCGGAAUGCAAUUUCCGCUGGCCCCAUACAGUUUGGAGACAACAUGCAUGACCUUUGGGGGCCAAUGGGCAAGCAGAAGUGUCAGGAGGUCAUGACAUCUAUACAGGCCGUCACAGACAGUUGCAAAAGCCGUGUCAUGGCCGACAUGAGUGUCAAUGACCCUGAAAUGGCCUUCGCAGUUUUCAACCUGGAAGGUUGGCUUCAUGGCAAGGCUGCAAAUCCGGAAUACCGCCAGCGUCAUUUCAAGAUGCUGAGGAGGCUCUGCCGUGUUCUGAAGCUGCCCUACGAGCCAACAGCGCUAGAGUUCGAGGGUGUGCUUGCAGAGCUUCUGGACGACACUGACAGUGUCAACCAGUCUGUUGCGAGUGCAGACAACAGGCCCAUCUGGGCCAGGGUCCUUGGAGCUGGCAAGCCGCUACGUCAGUGUAACCAAGAGCUUGAGCACCUGCCCAAGCUGGUGGCUUUCUACAUGAGUAUUUUGGACGGCGAAUGCACCCUGCUGCAUAUUAAUUACUGA